AUGGGAAGACAAAAAGCGAUUCGACUUGAAUGUGAGAAAACUUCAUCGAACUCUCAAAACAAGAAAGAAAAAAAUAGAACGAAGUCACUUUCAACGUCUUUAAACUCAAAGUGUGACGUGUUAUCAAGAAGAAGCAGGAGAUUGAAAUAUUUAUGGCGAGGCUUUAAAAAUAUGGAUGGCAUUUGCAAUUUGCAUAUAGGACAGUACAAGCUUACUUAUUCAGGAAUGCCGACGAUGUGUUGUAAAUGGUAA